UUGUACUUCUCCUUUUUGAAUGUCACCACUUCCCCAUCCUGCUCGGGCAGGAUUGCUCAGGGAAGCCCUCACUUCCUGCACAGCUUCUGGGGCUCCAGGGACCGCGCACAGGAGCAUGGCUGCGUGCCCUCAGGCCCCAAAUCACAGUUUUCAGCCAAUGCAUGUGAAGCUCUGAUAAAAGAUUCAAGAGAUUCCCCAGUUGUGGAAUUCUGUGGUGAAAACGUGCCCUUUUAUAAACCACAUUUCUCUGAGAUGCAAGGUGUGCAUCGAACAUAACCAGAACCCUUUCCCAGUCAUCUUCGUGACUGUCUUUGGUAAAGGUAAAUGCUCUGCCAGCUCCCUCGUAACAUACUUUACUGAGCAUACCUGGAUGUCUCCAGUGUUCUUGUGGAGUUUGGUUUCAAUGUGAAGUCUUGCAAAAUGCUGCUUCCAGUUUGUCCACUGUGGAGGUCUGUCGAAGCUGAAGUUCCCUGAAGUUGAAGUUCUCUGGCAUGUUGGCCCUGGCCUGUGGUGACAUUGCUCAGCAUGCGGCAGUAGCCGAAGGGAUCCCUCAUCCAGAUCCCUGGGCUGGGCCAGCUGUGUGGGGCAGCCUUUCCCUGCAAUCCCUAUGAAGCUGAGGGCACCUGCAGUCCUGUCACAACGGCUCCCCUAGGGCAAAGGCACCACUGCUCCCUCAUCUCUCCUGCUGGUGCCUGUCUCUGAUGCUGGGCCAUGUCGCUAGCUGCCCACCCCACUGAUCUGGGGUUUGAAUUUGCCAGCAGCAGCUUGGAGGAGAUACACGAGCUCGAUGACCCACUAGCCUUUCCUGCCCCACUGGAGGAGCAGCUUCCCUGCACAGACCUGCUGUGUGUGUAUUCGGGGCUGGAAUUGGAUGAAGUACCCAGUGGCAUCAUGGCAGAUGGGCUGCUGGACAAGCCCGAGCUGCAGGUUGUCGGGAACAGUGUCACAGUGCCAGGUGACGCUGAGCAGCCUUUACCCCCCAUUGCAGCUGGCGAGGGCCUGCUCUGGGUGGAGUCACCCAACAACAUCUUGGAUGAGAAGCGCCUGCUUGGUGGCACUAGGGUUUCCCUGGACAGAGGGGCCUGCCCCCUGGGCCCGGGGGAAGCCAACGGCCUGCGCAGGUCUGGGGACGAGGAGAAUCCCAUGGCUAGUUCCACCAGGGAGCAGACAGGGAAGCAGCCCAGGAGGAAAGGUCGCAAGCCGAAGCCCCCCCGCUGCCUUUCCCCCAUCACCGCCCCAGGCUUUCCAAUCUGCAGGAAGAGCAAGGAUGGCAAAGGUAAUGCCCUCUACCUGUGGGAGUUCCUGCUGGCGCUGCUCCAGGACAGGAACACCUGCCCAAAGUACAUCAAAUGGACCCAGCGAGACAGGGGCAUCUUCAAGCUGGUGGACUCCAAGGCAGUGUCCAAGCUGUGGGGAAAGCAAAAGAACAAACCCAGCAUGAACUACGAAACCAUGGGCCGGGCACUGCGGUACUAUUACCAGCGUGGCAUUCUGGCCAAGGUGGAGGGGCAGCGGCUGGUAUAUCAGUUCAAGGACAUGCCCAAGGACCUGGUGGUGAUUGAGGAUGAGGGGGAAGCAAUGGGCACCGUGAACCCCCGAGCCAGCUGCUCGGCCGCUAGUCCCUCUUCGCAGAGUGCCCCCCUCCAGGGGGCCGUGUCCCCUACUCGCAGCAAGAGGGAGACUGCACCAGCGACCCAGCCUCGGGAGUCUGCAGCUACACCAUGUCCUGCUCCCAAGGUGCAGCAAGGGGCCAGCAAGCCACCCGCCCACGCCAUGGACUCCCUGCUCCUGCCCGGGUCCUUGGGGCUGGGACCCCUGACUCUCCAGCCCAUCCCACUCACCACAGUGCUGGCCCUGGGAAAUGCUGCCAGUUCUCCUUUUCCAAGCAGCACCCCUGCUCCGGACAGGCUCCCGCUCCAGCCUGGGUUCCCCAUGAAUGGGUUUGCCAAGCCACUGCCAGGCCCAGGCAGCAGUAUCCCAGCAACAAGCCCCCUCCUGCCUGCUGCCCCACAACACUCCUUGUCUAGCCUGUUCCAGCCAAUGGCUCUCACUGGCCAGCCAGGUACUGUUGUUGCCACCGUCAUUGGGACAAUGGAAGCCAGCAGCAGCUGCCUGGCUAUGCUGGAUCGCCCGCUCCCCAGCCUGCUUUCCAGUGAUCCUGCCACGCUGACGUCCCAGCAGGAGAGGCUGUCUGGCUGUGCAAAGGUCCAGGAGCUCCAGCCACCAGCUCUAAGCAGCUCCCAGGAUAGCAAAGCAACAGCAGCCCUGCCAGCAGGAGGCACUGAUAGCUGCACCCAACUCAGCCACCCAAAGGUGGGCUUGACACCCGUGGUAGAACUGGAAUUAGCCAUCAGCUCGGAGGCAGCGUUCCCCGGUGAGCAGAUGGCUCAGCGCCUGGCAAAGCCCAGCUCUGCCCCAGCCCCUGCAGCUCUGCUGUCUCUAGGCAGUGUUGACAUCAAGGAGGAAUGCUGGGAUGUGGUGUGAAGUGCGUGGAUGCACCCUGGACUCCAACAGAGACAAAGGAUGCUGGGAAAGCUCAGUUCCCUGGACUGACAGGAUCCAACUUAGGGCUGGGGGCUGCUGGGGCCAGGGGGGGCCUCACAGGCUGCAUCACAUUUGCUUCUUGCCGUCACCCAUUAAAGAGACAUUUUGCACCAGACUGGCAGUGGGCUAUGGCAGGCAGUGGCAGCACAUGGCCUUGCCACCCCUCAUCUCACCCAGGAGUUGCCAUCUGUGGAGAUGCCAGGCAGUGUUCUGGCUUGAGCCAAGAGGCUGGGCUAGCGGCUGAGCCUGGCCCCAAGUACAGCUCCUGGAAUGGGAGCUGCUCCCCAUUAUCCAGAAGGGAGGGAAUUCAGCUGGGCCCUGCACUAGGGCUGCUGUAGGGGAGGUGCUGCUUGCACUGCUCUAAUUGCAGAGCUUCUGGGACCUGUUCUGGCUCUAGCAUAGGCUACGACUGGCCUGGCUCCUACCCUAACUCGUGCCCUGGGUGCCAUGGCCUAUGGGCCUUGCCGAGGUGGGGGCUGGUGAAAAGGGAUGCCCCAGGCCACCUCUUAUGCCCCAGCACCCCCUAGCAUGCUGAGCAGGGGAGACCUUGCCUGCAAUGCUAGCUUUGUGGCCCCUUUGUGGCAGCGGUCACAGAGCAGUGCUGAAUAGCAGCAGCCCUUGAGGAUCCUUGUGGCGUCCACUGGGACCAUGACCAGGCAGCUGGAAUAAAGCAGCCCCGUAUGUAACCUGAGCCAUGGGAGUGGCUGAAACUGCACCAAGGGGUGCUGGUAGGAUGUCUGCUUGGAGCCGAGAGCAGCAGGCUGAGGACUGGCCUCUGUGCCAGUCAAGGGCCCAUGCCUGGACACUUACUGCCCGUUCCCCAGAAGGCAUCGCAAGGGGCCCAGAGAGCCAGGGCACAGCAGGUUCAGGCUUCCACUCACACUAGCUGCAUGGUGUUUCACAUUCACAUGCCCUAUUCCCCUGCCCUAAGACACCCCCUCCACCCCCAAGUGCUAGUGCCCUUCCCCAGCCCUGAGCAUCCCCACCACACUCCCAACCAAGGGGCAUUUAACCCUUCCAUUACCCAUAGCAAGUAGGCUGCGGGUCCCAUCAAUCAUGUGGCAGGGGUGGGCCUGCCUGCCCAGCACUGUUCAGAGCCCUCGUGUCAUGCAACAUAGCAAACUGACUUUGGAAGAGCCUAGCCCCGCCCCGCCCCAACUGUACAUCCACUGGCCCCCCCCACACACCACAGAGUAACAUCUGCCCCCUCCGUGAAAGAGGCUGUGCUGGUGUACUCUGCUCCCAGCAGCUUGGUCCAUUGCAGUAAGCCCUGGGAAGGGCCCUGGCACCCAGCCUGCUCUGUCUAGAUGGCACCAGCAGUGCCCCCACCAACAGGCAGCCUAGAAGCUGGGCUUAGCUGAACCAAGAGCACUUGUGCUUUCUCUGGGUGGUGCUUGCCAUGGGGUUCCAAGGCCCCACCUACCAGCUUCCCCUUGGCCUCUUGAGGGGAUGGCAUGGGCAGUAUGCACACAUCCCUUCCCUCUUCUGUCCAUAGGGACUGCCCCCCUGACAUCCCCCUCCCCCCCAGCUGCCCCAGCCCCAUUGGAACUCUCAGAGUUGUUUUCCAAGCUUGCGGGAGGUGGGGUGCAGCUAGACUACAUGCUUACAGCAUCCCGAGGAGCUGCUAGGAGCGGUACAGCACCUGGCCUGACUCAUGCCCUGGCUCCCUCCAAUAUCAUCUACACCUGGGAAAAGGGUGUGUGUGUGAAACUCCCUGAUCAGCAUGCUCCACCUACUGGGCCCUCCCACAUGAAUACACAGGCUGGGACAGGGGAAAAGGCCCAUCUUGCCCAUUUCAUUCCAUUGUCCCUGCUCCCCACCACAGCCUGGGCCCAGUUCUUUCCCCUACCACCACUGUUCAUUAGGCCUUAGGGAGUAGACGUGCCUGGGCCAAGGUCCUGGGGCUGGAGCUCUAUGCCUGGGCCUCCAAACCCCUGUUAGAAGUUCCUUAUGCUACUCCCUACUGCUGCCCUGGCCUGUGAGCAGGUGCCCAGCAGCUUGUGCACACGUGUGCUGAGGUGAGAGGCCAGGCCUAGACUCCAAGGCUAGUACUACUCUGGCCUUGGGAGUAACAGCUCCUCCAUGGAGCUAGGCUGAAGCACAGCUGAAGAUUUAAAACACUGACUGAGCAAGAGCCCAGCCUUGCCUUUUUGUAUCAUCUCACUGUGCACAGCUGCUGCAGUGAGUAGCAGCAGCUAUAUGCACAGAAGGUGCCCCUCUGCUUGCAGGGAAAGGAGCAGAAGGCUGGGGCACACUGGAGCAGGCUGCACUAAAGCAGUUUGGGCUACAAGGGCAGAAGUAGGACCCUACUUUCACUUGCCCCAGCUGAUCCCCUGCCUGGUGGAUAUAAGGCUCUAGGAAAGCACACUGGAAGAGGAUGUUACCCUCAGGCAAGCAAGGGGGCAGGGCUGGACUCUUCCUCGGCCGUAACAGGGCUGUAGCAGUAGAUCUCACAGUACAGACAGCAGGGAACAGCAGCUCACUGAGCAGUGUGCAGAGCCCAGGGGACAGGGUCAUUUCUCUCACCCCACCCUGCGAGUACAGGAGUUCUCAUCCCAAAAAAAAGUGCUUCCCCCCUGCCACCACCAGUUAACAGGACACGACACACACAGCGAUAGAAGAGCCAGGAGGCAGAGGGCCUGAUGCAGGUUUUUCUGUACAUAAGUGUUUUUUGACACCACAGCCGGUUGUUUAUAAUAAAACAGAAAUCAGAAAGAGCAGCCAGAAUACACACCCAAAGGCAAUAACCCUCAGCUUAAAAAAGGAACUGUCUGGUCCCAAGGAGGGGGAGGCAGACAAGUGGUGGUCACGGGAGGCUACAACUGCCCCAGCUGGGACGAAACACAACACAAAGAAAAAACCACCCAACACUCCCACUGCAGGGCAGGACAGGGGAGAGCCAGGAAACAGAUUGUCCAGUCCUCAGCAUCCUUGUUAGCACCUGUACAAUAAAACUGUACCAUCUACA